AUGAUAAAAUGGAUACCAGAUUCCGAGGAUUUAUUUAUGGCAUCUUUUGAUGACGGUUCCGUGCUCAUCUUGGAUAAAGAGAAAGAAGAUCAAGCGUACACCUUGCCUCAACCACAAACGUGGGCUGAAGAGCAUUUGCAAAUUACCAAACCGGAUAAGGGCAGCAAAUAUAAUCCUGUGGCUCACUGGCAGGUCAGCCAUAAAGGCAUAUCAGCUUUUUCUUUUUCUCCAGAUGGACGGCAUAUUGCUAUGGUUGGUAAGGAUGGCUUAAUGCGUGUGAUAGAUUAUGCAGAUGAAAGGUUAUGUGAUGUAUUUGUAGGAUAUUUUGGCCGAAUGCUAUGUGUUACAUGGAGCCCUGACGGGCGUUAUAUACUUACAGGGGGACAAGAUGAUAUAGUGACCAUCUGGUCUUUUACAGAAAAUAAGAUUAUCGCUAGAUGUCGUGGUCAUAGAUCCUGGGUAACAGGAGUGGCAUUCGACCCGUUACAGUGUGAUGACAAAAAUUAUCGAUUUGGUAGUGUUGGGGAAGACUGUAAACUACUUUUAUGGGAUUUUUCAAUGAAUGCACUCCACCGUCCAAAGCACAAACCUGGGAAACCUGCAAUAUCAACUCAUGAAAUGAACAGCCGCAAUGUUUUACCUUUACGCGAUUCAUUUGUUAAACGAGACUCAUAUAGUACAAUAUCCUCUUCUGGAACGAUAGCUGCUCCCACUAUUCCCAAUUCGUCACCUUUAAUGGCAAGACGUUUCAGAAAGCGUGCAUCUAUUUUUGGAAAUAACAUGCCCAAUGAACUGACAACCUUGCAGCCAAUUGAUCAUGUACGCUUACCUACUAUUCAUCCUGCUUUGAGUAAAGGCCAAGUACCUUACUUACAGCCUAUUGUAAAAAGCACCGUUCAUUCUGAUCCUUGCGUUGAUAUUGUCUUUCGCAAGGAUACGAUCGUAACAACAGACAGACGUGGUAGAAUACGUGUUUGGAGCAGACCCACAACAUGA